AUGGAGGGCAAAACAGUCAUUGUCACCGGAUCCAAUAGUGGGAUUGGAAAAGAAACUGUGAGAGAUUUAGCGAAGCGUGGAUGUCGCAUCAUAAUGGCAUGUCGAAACCUUUUAUCAGCUAAUCAAUAUCGAGAUGAAAUCGCCAAUCAAACUGGAAAUCAAAAUAUCGUUGUAAUGAAACUUGACUUAAGUUCAUUACAGUCUGUUCGUGAAUUUUCCAGAUCUUUUCUUGAGAAGGAAUCACGUUUAGAUGUUUUAAUUCAUAACGCUGGUUAUGCAAACACUUUCACAAAAACUGUGAGCGUUGAUGGAAUCGAGUUGACAAUGGCGACAAAUCAUUACGGCCCAUUCUUACUAACUCAUCUCUUAAUUGAUAUCUUGAAAAAAUCUGCACCUUCCCGAAUAAUUGUUGUAGCUUCAUCUUGGUAUCGAGUAUGGAGUCCUGACAUUGAAAAUUUAAAUCCAAUCGAUAAUAAUCCAUGGUUGUUGUAUUACGCAUCAAAAGGUUGUAACAUCAUGUUCACAAUGGAACUUGCUAAGCGCCUUCAAGGCACGAAUGUAACUGCAAAUUGUCUUCAUCCAGGUGUUAUUGAUACUGGAAUUUGGCGAAACACGCACACACUUCUUAAACCGGGAUUAUUUAUUUGGAGUAAAUUAAUGAAAAAUCCUGUUAUUGGUGCACAGACGACUAUUUAUUUAGCAACAUCUGAAGAAGUAAAAGAUGUGUCAGGGAAAUAUUUUAAGGAUUGUAAAGAAGAUGAACCACGACCAUACAUUACCAACCCAGAAAAGUGUUUGACACUUUGGGAAGAGUCAAUUAAAAUUGUGAAACUUCAACCGACAGAUCCUAAAAUUUAACAAAAAUGUUUACGAUGUUAUUGAGUUUUUAUUACUAUUUUUAGAUUUAUGGAUUGUGGGCUGAAGCG